ACCAUAUUUGCAGACAAAGAGCAAAUAAAAGCAGAAAAUUCAAAUAUCACUACAAUGAUGGAAUUUGUUCUUUUGGGGUUUUCUGAUACUCCCAAUCUCCAAUGGAUUCUGUUUGGUGUAUUUUUAUUUAUAUAUUUGACUAUCUUGAUGUGCAAUAGCAUCAUAAUACUAAUAACAAAAAUUGACCCUGCUCUCCACACACCCAUGUACUUUUUCCUUGGCAACUUUUCCUUCUUGGAAAUCUGCUAUGUAACAGUAACUACCCCAAGAAUGCUCAUGGACAUCUGGACUCAGAAUGGACAUAUCUCUUUUCUUGCCUGUGCUAUGCAGAUGGGUUUUUUCCUUAUGCUUGGAGGCACAGAGUGUGUCCUCCUGGCAGUGAUGGCCUACGACCGCUAUGUGGCCAUUUGUAACCCUCUCCAUUAUGCUCUAGUGAUGAACCACAAGGUCUGCAUCCAGCUAGUGGCUGCCUCCUGGAUCAGUACAGUUCCAGCUGUCAUCGGGCAUAUAUACCAGAUUUUCUCUUUGCCUUUUUGUGCAUCUCACAUAAUUAAUCACUUCUUCUGUGACAUUCCACCAAUACUGAAGCUUGCCUGUGGGAACACAUUUGUGAAUGAGAUAGCAGUCUAUGUAGUUGCAGUGGUAUUUAUCAUGGUUCCAUUUCUUUUGAUUGUCUUCUCUUAUGGCAAAAUUAUCUGCAACAUUCUGAAAUUGUCAUCAGCCAGAGGGAGGUCUAAAGCCUUCUCCACCUGCUCUUCUCACCUGACAGUUGUGGUGUUAUUCUAUGGAACAGGUGUCAUCACUUAUUUACAACCCAAACCAGAUCAGUCUGAGAGAAUGGGGAAACUUUUUUCUCUUUUUUAUACCAUUUUGACACCAAUUUUUAAUCCAAUUAUAUAUACGCUGAGGAACAAAGAUAUCAUGAUGGCAUUGAGAAGACUAAUAGCUAAGCUAUUAGCAUGA